AUGUCCAUCCCGCGACUCAUUCCACGAAGCCUCCUACGGCCAUCGCCAUUCGCUCCCAGUGCCGUUCCAGCAUCCAGCCGUGCAUUCGGCACCACGGCUCUACGCCUGCAGAAUGUCAAGGUCAACGACCGCGUCGCUUCCACGGCGCCAGCACAUCGCGAGAACCAGACCAAGAAGCAGCCUAAUCAGUAUGUGCCGAAUACAACCUCCACCAUGACCAAGGACUUCCCCAAUGUCGGGGAGAAGCCCUCGCCUCCGGAGAUGCUGAACUCCGUGGAUCCGAACUACCGUCCAGCGGAUCCUUACCCCGGUAGAAUUGAGCAUCUCACGGGUGGACGGCAGCAGAACGGCGCGCAAAAGCCUGAGCUUGGGGUUGGGGAGAUGGAGGGGAUUACCUUCAAGGUUGAGCCGCUGAAGAGGGCUGGGGAGGAUGCAGCGACUAUGCGGGCUCGGUUACUAUACCAAAGCCGGAAACGCGGCAUCCUGGAAUCCGACCUGCUCCUCUCGACCUUCGCAAACGUCUACCUCGCGCAAAUGACUCCGGCCCAACUCCAGGAAUACGACCGAUUCCUUGACGAGAACGACUGGGAUAUCUACUACUGGGCCACGCAGGACCCGCCGACUGCGGACGCGCAAGAAACAACAGCCUCUGCUGAGAAGCCCCAGGACACCGUCACGGAAACCUGGAGGCGCACUGGCGCCAAGAGCGGUGAAUGGGCGCAAACGGUCGGUGCCUUCAAGGCUGCGUAUCGGCCUGUGCCGUCACGAUGGGCUGACUCGGAGGUCUUGCGGCUUCUGCGGCAGCAUGUGCAGGAUAAGAGCGCGGUUGGGUUUGAGUCGGCGAGGAAUAAGAAGACCGGGGGUGGGGGCUUGGGGCGCAUGCCUAAUGUGCAGGUGUUUAACUCGUGA